AUGAUUAAGGCUGAACUUUUGGAGAUUGUCAGACGGAACAAGCCUCGUCCAAAGUACAUCGUUGAUGAGCUUGCAAUGGAAGCUGGUCACAAGGUCCUUCGUUUGCCCCCACGCCAUUGUGAGUUAAAUCCGAUUGAGCUGGUAUGGGCCAAAAUGAAAGGUCAUGUGGCCAGGCAGAACUCCUCUUUCAAACUUAAAGAUACCAUGGCCCUCUUUCAGGAAUCCCGCGCCCUUAUAACGUCCGCUUACUGGAACAGAUGUGAGGACCAUGUUAUUUUAAAGAUUGAAAAGGAGUUGUGGCGCACUGACGGUGUGCAAGAGGACGAGGUUGCGCCUGUUGUCAUUCCCCUUGGUGAAGCGGACGACAGUGACAGUGACAGUGAUGGAGAACUCAGUGAAGACGAAGAAGGACUGGACGACACUGACUGUCAAACGAAUGGCGACAACAUCUUUUCAGAUGGAAUGAACAGCAUGGCUAGUGAGGAAGAGAGUCAGGAUGAGGAGUUGGAUGAUGUCACAAUUGUGUGCGGAAAAUGUAAGUCUAGAGAGCCAGGUGUGUAUGAGAACGGGGAUAUAGAGUGGGUUAUGUGUGAUGCAUGCGAUGUAUGGUAUCAUUCUAUGUAUCACAGUGGGACUGGUCAUGAGCAGAUCAAGAACUUCAUGGCUGUAUUGGAGAUCGAGGUCUUGCAUCACAAGACAAUGAAGGUUCGUGAAAGUGAGGUUGAACCGCAUGUAUUGUCUGUAGUGAAGCAAUCAUGUGAUGCUGCUUUAAGGGAAGAAGCACAGUUGCUGGCAGAGAAACCACGAUCUAGUGAAGCUGACAAUUUUGGCGAUAGUGAUUUGCCCAUGAUGCUUGUGGAUGGCUCUGACAGUACACUGAGGUCCAGUGAUGUUUCACAUAGACAGCAAGUAGACUCUGCCACGGUGCAUGGAGAAUUCAAGUAUGACAUGGGAUGGCAGAAAAGGGGAUCAGGCCGAAGUUAUGAUAGCAAAUCAGGAGUAGGAACAAUGAUAGGGAAUAGAACAGGAAAAAUAUGUGCUUAUGGUGUUAGGAGUAAAACAUGUCGAAAAUGUUCGUAUCACUUAAGUAAAGGUUGCACUCCACCUGAACAUUCUUGCAGUAAAAACUGGGAUGGAAGCUCAAAAGCUAUGGAACCAGAAGUUGCGGUACAAAAUGUUACAGAUAUUGAAAGUCGUGGUGUUAAAGUAGGAGUAAUGAUUAUGGAUGACGAUUGUACUACUAUGGCAAAAAUGAAACAAACGGUCCCUCACCCAGUUACAAAGUGGUCAGACCUAAACCAUACAAGAAACCAUUUAGGAAAUAGCCUGUAUAACCUGCAAAAGAAACACAAAUGUCUAAGUCCAAAGGUGAUUCAGUUUCUUAAAAAAUGUUUCAGCUAUGCUGUCGCCCAAAACAAGGAUAAUGCAAAAGGACUUGAGAAAUCACUGCAACAGAUCGUUCCUCAUAUAUUUGGAGAACAUACUGAUUGCGAAAGUUGGUGUGGUUAUUUAAACAACCCUGAUACAUACAAGCAUAACUCCUUGCCCUAUGGUUGUGAUUUGAGUGGUGAUGAAUUGCGCAAAGAUCUCACAGCAGUGUUUAAAGUGUUCAUUAAGAAUUCAUCAAAAAUUGCACCAGGGGGAUCAACUAAAGAUUUAGAAUCAUUCAAUAAUAUGGUUGCAACUAAGGCACGCUGUCAUUAUUCAGCAUCUAAAAGUUUGUCCAAUAGAUUAAACUGUGCAGUGGCACAGAAAAACAUCGGUCAUAGUUAUAUAACUAAAGUGAAUAAGGCAAUUGGGGUCUCACCUGGUUACAUUGCUUCCAGAUACGCAAAGUUGAAAGAAAUGAAACAUCGAAGGCGGCUUCUAUUUGAAAACACAAAGGAAUAUAAAAAACAAAAAUUAAAAAAGAAACUUAAAAAUCAUUCAUCAAAUGUACAGAAGGAAUUACGAGAGGGUACAACUUACAAGCCAGCCAUUGCUACUACUGAUGUGGCUGAUAUAAGAGAAAUUCCACCAUCUCAAAUCUGCCCAGUUCAGGAGAAUAUUCCAUUAAGUGAUGAUUUCCAGAACGUGUAUUGUGAUAUUGAAACUACAUCUUUAAGGAAAGACUGUGAAAUUUUACAAAUAGCAGCAGUGUGUGGCAGUGAAAGUUUCAAUCAGUAUGUUUUACCAACCCAAACUAUAAGUCAAGGAGCAUCUACAGUGACUGGUCUGUCACAUAUUGGAAAUGUGUUGUUUUUGAAUGGAAACACGAUAGAAAAUGCUUUGCAUUUGAAAGAAGCACUUUCAGUAUUUCUUGCCUGGCUUUCUGAUAUUGGUAAAUGUGUUCUUAUUGGUCAUAACUUCAGAAAAUUUGAUUUUCCAAGGCUGAUACGAGCAUUUGACAUUUGUGACCUGCUGGCCUCCCUCAAGACCUGUGUUGUAGGGAUUAUUGACACUCUUCCAAUGUACAGAAACUUAUACCCACAACUAGAAAAACAUACCCAAGAAUUUCUUUUGAAAUAUAUUUUAAUUGAAACAUACAAUGCACAUAAUGCCAUUGCAGAUGUUGAAAGUCUGAAAAAGUUGGUGUUUGUCUCGAGUAUUUCAAAGGAUAAACUUUUUAAUCACAGUGUGACAACUGACUCGGCCAUCAGCUUAUAUACAUAUUACCUAAAAGGUGAUGCAAAUUAUUCUACAUUACUUGUUUUACAAGAGGAAAAAGUGCUUUCUAAAGAAAUUACAAUGAAAAUGGCAAGAAGUGGGCUUGUCUUUGAUCAUCUAAAAUUGGCUGUUUCAAGGUCAGGAUUUGAUGGGUUAUUUGCAUUAUUGUCUGAAAAAGUGAAUGGUAAGCCAAGG